UACAGCCACAGAUGGCCAUGCCAUUAUGUGGUUAAACUGGUGCUUUCUGCUUUUAAACUCUACUAAGUGCAUGGGAUGUGGCGUGCAGUGGCAAUCACUAAGUCGAAAGAAAGAGAAAAGAGUAUAUACUGCAGUAUCCAUUAAACAUAUGAAGUGAGUUGAAGAUAUGCUGUCUAGAAACAUUCUCAACUGGUUAGUGUUACUGACCCUAGCUACUGUUACCAGGAGCGAGCACUAUCACAUUGUGCCAGUGGAUUCAAUUGACUUGUGUCAUGACUAUCGAAAUGGAACUUGUUUUGCUCUCGAGCAGCUUGUUAAAACAGACCUGUUAUCUGGUGGAGACAAUCUCACCUUGAGCUUUCUACCUGGAGAUCAUGUGUUACCUGAGCAGUUAUUAAUUCGUAAUUUCUCACAUGUGCAAAUCACUGGCCAGAACACAAGUACAACUGUAGUUGGAUUUCAUAGCAGUACGAUACUUUUUGUUAGUAUUACUGAAUUGAGCAUUGAAAACUUGGGUUUCGUUGGAGCGAAUCUUGGACCACAAAACUUUGAUCAAAGUUUGAUCAUCAUUGACAGUGCCCAUGAUAUCUAUAUCAAAGACUGCUACUUUUCGGACUAUGAAUUACUCAAUCAGGUGAAAACCUGCGUAGUUAAGAUUGCUAACACUCAAACUGCAACAAUUGAGAACACUCUCUUUAUGAACAACACUGGUCGGGCACUGCACGUUGAGGCUGAUGAUGUGUACGUAACAAAUAGUGAGUUCACUAGAAAUAAUGGAGGUGCAGCUUACAUUCAAUCAAACAACUCUCUGAUCAACAACACGGAGUUCAACUAUAACAAUGCUGAGAGCGGAGGAGCAGUAAAAGUGGUAUCUGGAACUGUAGUGAUCACUUGGUGUAACUUUACAAAUAAUGAAGCUGCUCAAGAUGGUGGAGUGAUUCAUGUUGGUUCGGGCAGUAGUGUAAACAUAUCCAACUGUGAGCUGACAAACAACAGUGCCGACAGCGGCGGCGGAGCGAUCAGUGUUUACUCAGGUAAUAUCGAUAUCUACAACAGAGCUAACUAUGGUGGAGCGAUUAAUAUACUUUUCUCAAGCGAUGUGACAAUCGAUAUCUCUAACAGUGAACUAACAAACAACAGAGCUAACUAUGGUGGAGCGAUUAAUACAUUUUUCUCAGGCAAUGUGACCAUCGAUAUCUCUAACAGUGAACUGACAAACAACAGUGCUGUCUAUGGUGGUGGAGCGAUUAAUACACUUUACUCAGGUAAUUUGACCAUCGAUAUCUCUAACAGUGAACUGACAAACAACAGAGCUAACUAUGGUGGAGCAAUUCAUGUUUCCUCGAGUAAUGUGUCCAUCUCUAACAGUGAGCUGACAAACAACAGUGCUGUCUCUAAUGGUGGAGCGAUUUUUUCCUCGGGUAAUGUGUCCAUCUCCAACAGUGAGCUGACAUACAACAGAGCAGACUAUGGUAGUGGUGGAGCAAUUAUAAUUGUUACCGCAGGUAGUGUGCUCAUCUCUAACAGUGAGCUGAAAAACAAUAGUGCUGGUUUUUAUGGUGGAGCGAUUAGUGUUUUCUCGGGUAGCGGGUCCAUUUCCAACAGUAAGCUGACAAACAACAAUGCUGUAAUUGGUGGAGUGAUUAGUGUUUCCGCAGGUAGCGUGUUCAUCUUCAACAGCGAGCUGACACACAACAGUGCUAACAAUGAUGGUGGAGCGAUUUUUGUUGCCCCAGGUGGUAGUAGUGUGUCCAUCUCCAACAGUGAGCUGACAAACAACAGAGCUCACAUUGGUGGAGCGAUUAGCACCUCAGGUAAUGUGACCAUCCUGACCAGCGAGCUGAUAAACAAUAGUGCUGACCUUAGUGGAGCAAUUUCUGUUGUCUCGGGUAGUGUUUCCAUUUCCUGCAGCGAGCUGAAAAACAACAGAGCUGACUGGGGUGGAGCGAUUGGUGUCUCAGGUAAUGUCACCAUCUUCAACAGUGAGCUGAUAAACAACAGUGCUGUCUCUGAUGGUGGAUCGAUUUUUUCCUCGGGUGAGCUGUAUGGUGGAGCGAUUGCUGUUGUUUCUGGUAGUGUGUCCAUCUCCAACAGUGAGCUGACAAACAACAGUGCUGACUAUGGUGGAGCGAUCAGUGCUCUUUACUCAGGCAGUGUGUUCAUUUCCAACUGUGAACUGACAAACAACAGUGCUGACUAUGGAGUGAUUUAA